CUUACCGAACUGUCAAAUCGAGGAACGUUGUUUGUAUACGAAAUUUUUAUCAGUUUUCAGCCUCAAGUACAAUCCAGGGACUUCGAACAAGUGAAUAAGAUCAGAAUGAAUCGUACAAUGGAUGAAAAAGAAGAAUUGGUUAAAAAGUCUUUAUUUAGUUUUGUGAGGAAAGAAGUACCCACUGCCCAAUUAAGUUUAAUAGAUGAUAUUGUUUUGAGUUAUGUGGUAAGUAUGGUAGAAGAAAGUGCACUUGAGGAAGAUUUGGAUGUUGAUGGAUUAUGUGAAAUGGUCUCUGCUUGCCUUCCUGAGUUUUCUACCAUUGAAAAAGAAGCAGUAUCUAAAUGGUUGUUAGAUAUUGAAAGCAAAUUACGGCAAGAAACUAAAGAAAAUGAAAAUUGCCAACCUCAGGAUCCUUUGAGUCAUAUUAGUUUAACAGCUUUGUUACCUCCUGGUACACAAAGAAUGAGAGUUCAUCAUCUCUCAGAAACAAGUGAUGCUGGAAGUGAUUCUAGUGGAGAAUAUUUUUCAGAAGAAUCAUCUUGGCAUCAAGUAGCACUUCUGCAAGAAAUGUUUCCAGCUGCAAGUCCAGCAGAAGCUAGACAUUGCUUAGCAGUUGCAGGUGGUGAUAUAGCAAAAGCAGCACAGCUUGCACUUCAUAGACAAGAAGCAGGACAAAGUCUUGUUAGUAAUCUUACUUUUCUAACACCAAACGGUCGUAACAAGGCAAGAGUAAAUGACGAGGAAUUGAAAUCACGUAUCAUCGCACGAUAUAGUUACGUUGAUAGAGAUGAUGAUUCACGUGAGCAUCGUCCAGUCGCCCCGAAAACGGAACCAAAAAAAUUAGUACGUUAUUUAGAUAACAAGAUUGUAAGUGUGAAAGGUGAACGUUAUACUGAAGUAAGAAGAGGUGGUGAAGAGGAAGAUGGGAAUGAAGGUGGUAGAAAAAGAGGUCAUUGCCGACCGUAACCAGUCCCUUUGCCUCCACCCCCUGAUCCACCCCCUUGGAGGCAUCUAAUUUCAAAUUAAAGCUUUCACUUACAUUCUCUUAUAUUGCUUAAAAAAGAGUACGGAUAGGGCGUUGAAUUUCUAUAUUUGUAGCACUAUCCAUUUUGUUCCUGCUUUCAGUUGACUUUCUCACAAUCAUCUUUCGCAAUCAUUUUUAUCAAUUUUAGAACCACCUUUUUUGUCCUUUUAUGUGUGAUAUUAUCCUUAUUGUGAUCUGACGCAAGAGAUUUGUAGCAUUUUAAAAAGCCACGUAUAUAUAUAUAUAUAUAUAUACACACACGAUGUACCGUUUACAAUGUAGAUCAAUGAAAACUUUUCCCUAAUGAGACAUCGCUAUUGUUAUUAUUAUUAUUGAUAUUAAUAUCAUUAAUACUAUUAAUAUUAUUAUUAAUAUUAAUAAUAAUAAUAAUAAUAAUA